AUGGUAUUGGAAGCUACAGUGUUGAUAAUUGACAAUUCAGAGUACUCUCGCAAUGGGGACUUUCCUCGCACACGGUUCGAAGCGCAGAUCGACUCCGUGGAGUUCAUAUUCCAGGCCAAGAGAAACAGUAAUCCCGAGAACACAGUGGGGCUCAUCUCUGGUGCAGGCGCCAACCCUCGGGUGCUGUCCACGUUCACGGCCGAGUUUGGGAAGAUUCUUGCUGGUUUGCACGAUACGCAGGUCGAGGGCGAGCUGCAUCUGGCCACUGCGCUGCAGAUUGCCCAGCUGACUUUGAAGCACCGUCAGAAUAAGGUUCAGCACCAGAGAAUCGUGGCGUUCGUAUGCAGUCCCAUAAGCGACGCUCGAGACGAAUUGAUUAGACUGGCCAAGACGCUGAAGAAAAACAACGUUGCUGUGGACAUUAUCAACUUCGGCGAGAUCGAGCACAACACAGAACUGUUGGACGAGUUUGUUGCCGCGGUGAACGACCCUCAGGAGGAGACUAGUCACUUGCUGACCGUGGUGCCCGGCCCUAGACUGCUGUACGAGAACAUCGCGUCCUCUCCUAUAAUUCUUGAAGAGGGCUCCUCCGGCAUGGGCGCCUUUGGCGGGGCUGGCGCCGACUCUGACGCUAAUGGCACGUUCAUGGACUUCGGUGUAGAUCCAUCAAUGGACCCAGAACUGGCAAUGGCCUUGCGUCUCUCCAUGGAGGAAGAGCAGCAGAGACAAGAAAGACUAAGACAGCAGGAGCAGCAGCAAGACCAGCAGGACCAGCCGGAAGAACGCCAAGACAAAUAA